AUCUAAGGUGUGCCAAAUGUAUGCCAGCAUUUUUUUUAUACUCCAACUACCACGAAGGCCUAAGGCCUAAGCACCCAUUGGGUACCGUGGGGCUAUAGGGGGAUACAUGGGAAAGGGGAAACGCCACACGGACUCUGGCGAGGGAACACGUGUGCAUGCAAGAUGCACACAUUCUGGCUCCGCCUACGAGAUCCGCCGGGUGGUACCUCCACGUUCGACAGUCAGAGACCGUCUACCACCUACGGACAAUCACAACAUCUAUAGCCAAGAGAAAAAUUUCUCUUGGGACGGGACUCGAACCCGCACAGCGCACGGCGACUGAUCAGGAGAUCGAAGAGUCUACUACUGCGGCCACAGCUGCUGCCUAUAUGUGCCAGUUUGGGGAGAGGCGGAAAUAUUAUCAAACUUUUCUGUGUUUUUCAAUCGUCUUUAUCUUUUUACGGAGAU